AAUUGGUUACUGCGCUACAUUAUGCAGAAGGGUACACUAAAUAUUGAUGAACAGCAAUCUUCUGCUGAAUUUUUCGCACAUGAUGGGAUUUUUACACUCGAUUCAGUGCAGUGGUUCAGAGUAGUGAAUUCCUUAACGAAUCUGCAAGUUUGUAACAAUUAUCUGGUCGGUGCUACUUCAAAAAACACCCUAAUAAGAACGUCUACUGUUCCUCCUUACAAUAUAUCUGAAAUUGAAAUUAGCCGCCUUUCAGAUGACCGAGUCCAUAAUAUUUUUCUGGAUCCUAUGGGUUGGCAUACUGUAAUAAGUAUGCAGUCUGGCACAAAUUUCUACAUCAAUAAAGGUAUGAAAAAGGUUCGCCCUUUAAACAAGACAAAAGAUCAUUUGUUUGACUCUAUAGCUUGGAAUCAUCAUAAUGUUAAUGAAUUAUCUACACAAGAAAUUUUAAUCGGUACAAAUGAUGGACUAAUAUUUGAAACAAUGCUUAUGUUUAAUGAAGAUAGCUUUUUUAGUUCGGGAACUAUUGAACAGUAUUGGAUCCAGAUGAUUAAUUUAGGACAUAGUGUAACAGGUGUAGAAGUGAUUCGCUUUCCUAUUGGUUCGCCUAAUGUACUAGUUGGUGAACCGCAACGAUGUGUAGUCUUUGCUACAACACCUUGUCGUAUGUAUCAAUUCGCUGGAUGGAUAAAUACUAACAGUUCAACAACCGGUUCAAUUUUAUCUCAUCUAGCAGCAAAUACUGCUACAUCCGGUAUAUCCAAUGCAAUAAAUGCUUAUACUGGAGGUCAUAGGUCUAGUUUAGUGAAUGAAUAUAAUCAACAACAAUCUGUUGGGAUACAAAAUACAACUAUAUUUCCCAUUAUCACUGGACUAUUCUCUAGUGUAUUCAACUCAGAUGAUAAACUACCUGUUGGAUCCAAAGUUACUGAAUUUCCCGGAAGUUUUGGAUAUAGUGAUUUAAAACUUUAUCGUAAUGUAAAAGAUGAACUCCCUAGUAAAUUUGCUUGGAUGACAGGUCCAGGUGUUUACUUCGGUUACAUAAGAACAGAACAAUUAAGUAUGCCUCCAUUUACAAAACUUUCAACAAAUGAUCAACCAAUUGAUGUAAAAUCAUUUCCAAAUGAAGUUGUUUCCCUUCUACCUACUGCCACUGAUAAUACAGAUGAUCCGAAUCGACCGAAAGAUAUAUUCUCUGGUCGUGGUGUUAAUUUAACGCGAAAUACAAAACUUAUCCCGUAUCCAAUUAUUCAUAUGCUUGAACGACCUGGUGUACCACUAGGCAUUUGUUUGACAGAAUUUCAUCUUAUCAUUAUCUAUGUGGAUCGCAUUAAAGCUGUGAAUACUUUAGAUGGUCGAGCAGUUUAUUCAAUGCCGUUAAAUAAUAUCAUUGGCUGUGAACGGGCUUUAGGUAUAUCGCGUGACUCAUUAUCUAAUCAUAUUUGGAUAUUCAGCAAUAAUCAUUUGGCUCGAUUAAAUAUGAAGAAUGAAUUAUGUAGAAUAUGGCAAAUCUAUUUGGAUCGUCUACAGUUUGAUGAAGCGCGCCAAUUUUGUCAGGAUCCUGGUCAAAUGGAUACCAUCAAUAUACGUGAAGCGGAAUAUAAUUUUGAUAAUGAAAAUUAUGGACUUGCAGCUAAAUUAUUUGCUCGUAGUUCUAUACCAUUUGAACAAAUUGCAUUACGUUUUUUUCGUUUAUCAUCAUCAUCAUCAACAACAACAACACAUACAAUAGAUCUUUCAUCAACCAUUAUACCAUCUACAUUAAUUCAACAAGGUUAUGAAAUUAAUGAUGAUCAUGAUAUUAUGGAAGCAUUAAUUAUUCAAUCAAAACAACAAUAUCCAAUCAAUGACAAACUAACAGGACUAAUUGAUUCAUCUAUAAAACAAUGUAAAUCAUUCAUAACAUCAAUCCAUUCAUAUAGUAGUACAUUGACACCAUUGAAAAUAUUUUUAUCAUCAAAAUUAGAUUAUUUAAUAGAACAGAAUAAUCAAAUAAUAAGUAAUAUCAAUAAACAAUCAGUAGUCAAUUUAUCAGGUCAAAUAAUUUUAUUAGCAAUUUGGUUAAUAGAAUUAUUAAUAACUGAAUUAAGUGUGAUACGUGAUCGUCUUAAAAUGAUAACAAAAUUGGAUCAUAAUAAUGAUGAUGUUGAUGAAAUAGUUAAUGAUAAUGAUCAAAAUAACAAGAUGAUUAGUGAUGGAAAUGUUACCGUUAACAAUAAUGAUAAUUGUGAUGAUAAAGUUAAAUUAACAUUAGAAAAUCGUCUAGCUUCUGUACGACGUGAAUUUCGUACAAUCAUAGUAUUACCGGAAGUAUUGAAUUUUUUACCAGAAGCAAAAUCUUUGAUAUACGAUUUACUGGAAAAUCAUGGGGAAAAUGAUGAACUUGUUUAUUUUAUGGAAUUAAUGAAAGAUUAUCCUCGUUUAGUGGAUCAUUAUAUGCGUCAAUGUAUGUACAGUGAUGCCUUAAAAAUAUUAGCCACCUAUCCAAACUGUUUAAAUCGACUAUAUGAUCAUGCAUCAUGCUUAGCUAGUAAAUGUCCAGAGGAAUUUGUUAAUGUAUGUCUUCGUUUAAACAAUAAAUUGGAUAUUAAUCGACUUCUACCUUCAAUUAUGUUGUUACCAAAUAAUUAUGCAAUAAAUUACUUAGAAGAUACUAUUGGAAUAUAUACUAAUAAAAAUAUAUCAAAUCAAGCUGUACAUCAUAUGCUUAUUUCAUUAUAUGCUAAUGAAUAUCAUUUAAAUCAUAAUGAUGAUAGAUUAAUGAAAUAUUUAGAAAAAUUUAGUAUCCAAGCCAUUCAUAUAAGACGUUUAAAACAACAACAUCAACAAAAUAUUGUCGAUAAUGGAGAUUUAUUCAAUGAUUAUCCAUUAAUGAAUAUGGAUUUAACUGAAUUAUCAUUGUUAGAACAUGAUAAUGAUACAGUGAAUGAUUGUUCUACCGGUAUUGUAAUGAAUAAAUUAAAAUGUUUAACAAAUCAACAUCAAGAACAAGAUAUCCAGUCAUUGUUACCCUAUGAUCCUGGUUAUGUGCUUCGUUUAUGCAAAGAAGUUGAUCAUUUAAAAGGUGUACUUUAUAUACUACAAUUAUUGGAUAUGCAUCAGGAAGCUUUACAAUUAGCCAUUGAAUUGAAUAAUAUUCCAUUCGCUAAAGAAAUUGCUCAAAGUGAAUUUUUGAAUUCUAAUGUACGUCGUCAAUUAUGGAUUCAAUUAGCACAACAUAUUAUUAGUACUGAUGGAAGUAUGCAAGAAGCUAUCAAUUUAUUACGAGAUUGCCCUCUAUUGAAAUUAGAGGAUAUUCUUCCAUAUUUUCAUCAAUUUGUUACCAUUGAUCAGUUUAAAGACGUGAUCUGUUCAUCACUGGAUUCGUAUAAUGAACGGAUUGAUAAUGUGAAAAACGAAAUACAAAGUACGAUGAAAACUAUUGAUGAAUUACGUACACAGUCGAAUAAUCUACGAUAUAGGUAAGUUUCUAUCGUUUCUGGAUCUUUUUUCUCGCUGUAUAUAUAUACAUUUAUAUGUAUUGGCCAUGAAGUAUAUCAUCAAAUUAAGAACUGUUAUAUGCAGUAUUUACCAUUUGCACGUUUAUUUAAACACAAACAUUAGUACAAAGGAGCAAGAACCAUUGAAUUAGUCUAUGGGGUAGGAUACUUUUCGAGUGACCAAAUCGAAGUAGUUGAUUUCCCAAGAGGGUCACUUCCCGAGCUUUCAACCUUAAGGUCCAAUCUAGGUAGCUGCAUAAGUGCUGGUGGUGGCGUGAGUGAUGAGAUCAAUGCACGUAUAGUGAAAGCCAGAGCGGCUUAUGCAAACCAAGCUGUAAAUGGUCGGAUCUCCAACGCGUCGGUGAGAGCAGUUCUGUUCUAUGCUUGUGAAACUCGGCCUCUCCGAGUACGAAAGAAAGCUGUAAAGGACUGGCUUGUGUUGGUUCUUCACGACUCCCUGGCUGAUGUCCGAGAGAUGGUGCAACACAGUGGCUAGAGACGUUAUCAGAUAUGGCUGAGAAUAGAAGCCAGUGGCGAUCGUGCUGUAACCCUCUUUUACUUUCUUCAUAAAAAGUGGUUGUAUCUUCCUUAAGUGAAAGAUUUCUUCUGAUUGUACCCUUCUGUUCCCCUACUAUUACUAUUAUUAUUACACUACCUUACACCAAUCUCUUCCUUAUUGUUUUUUUCUUUUUAAUCUCCGUACUUUUUUUUCUUUUUCCUUCUCUUUAAAUUCUCAUUGUUUUGUGUGGCAUAUAUAUGUUUGGCGCACUCUUGUACCAAUAUGUAUGUGUUCAAAUAAAUAAAUAAAUAAUAAAUACACAAACUUCAGGUAGAAGUGAAGUGUUUAGCUUAAUUGUGUUACUUUAAUCGAUGAUCGAUUCACUCCAUACAUAUGUUAUUUAUGAUGAACUUUUACCUCCUAAUCUGCUUUUUCCACAUUUCUAUCUUGCCACACACACUCAUACUCUUAAUUCCUCAUGGAUCAUUUUUAACGGAUAUCAUGUUUAUCUCCAAAGAGUUUGUUUUAUUAUAUGCUCACACUAUUUUAUGAUUAUUUUGGCAGUACUGUUUUAUUAUUAUCAUUAUCUCACAACAUAUUUGUUACACAUUAUAUUCACAUGUAUGAUCUUGUUCUAUUGAUUAUACAUCAAUAUCUUCCAAAACCUUUCCAUGACCUUUAAAUAAUACAACAAAUUUAUAAAUGACACCAUUUAGACGUGAUUAGUUUACAAUCGAAUGAACUAUGUUUUCUGAAAGAAAUGGAAAGAAACCUAAUUG